UGUCAGUUUAACAGGGAGGUGCUACAGUCCGUUCAUUGAGGAGGAGAAACAAGCGUCCAGAUGCGAGCGAGCGAGCGCACAGCUGUAGCCGCGCAAAAGUGUGCGUAAAACUGCACCAAAACUCCAAAAAAACUUUGCGCAACUUUUACUUGAGGAUUAGGAUAUGUCAGCCCAUCCAGUCUGCGGGAAAACUAACAAACUCGGAUACGAAUGAAUUUGCAACUGUGUUACGUAGGGCGUCCGGAGCGACUGUUUACUUCUCAAACAGCACCAUGAUCUCUCCUGUCAACAGGUAACCUGGAGAGCAGCUUUCUUGUUUCGGGAUGAAACUUCAGCAGGACAUGUAUGUGAGGAACCUGUGUGAGUAAACCAGUGCAACAUAUCUUCAGGAUAUUAUCCUAAAGGACUUUAAAGUUCUUCGCUUUAACAUUACCAUGAGGAUUUAUAUGUAAAGCUCACGGGGCCGGAGGAGAUGCAUGCCCUGGACCUGAAGACUUCUCAGAGCAGAUUUAGGAAUUGAGUGGAUCUCAGUUAAAGUUUGAUGAUGGCCUCAGAGGUGGUGUGUGGACUCAUCUUCAGAUUGCUUCUGCCUGUUUGUCUUGCUGCAGCAUGUCUGUUCCGCUACAACUGGCUGUCUUUUGUCUACCUCAUCUAUCUUUUACUCAUCCCGCUGUUUGCCGAACCGACAAAGACAGCAAUGCAAGGUCACACCGGACGCUUGUUGAAAUCCCUGUGUUUUACCAGUAUGACUUUUCUAUUGCUGCACAUCAUCUACCAAAUCACAAUCAACAGUCUGUUAGCAGGAGACAAAAUUGAACCCAACUUCAACUGUUCAUCAUGGGAGAGAUCAAUACGGCAGUUGGGCGUUGAAAGUGUGCGAGGUGCAGAUGCCGGCAACGGGAUCCGCGUGUUUAUUCCAGACAUCGGCAUGUUCGUGGUGGGUCUGGUCACGUGGCUUUUGUGCCGCAGUCUGGAGAAGCCGCAGGUGAAGGACGUGUCACAGCACAACAGUGACUUUGAGGUGGACAACCAGGAAAAGGAGGAUGAAGAAGAAGAAGAGAAUAAAGAUGAGAAACUGGAGCUUGAAGAUGAGCUGCUGUUUGAAGAUUUCGAGCUGGCCGAUGAAGACUGUGAACUUCCUGAUGAUGAGGAAGUGGACAUCGAAGAUGGAGAAUUUGAGGAGCCUGAUGGUGAAGAAAGCACAAAAAUAAAGAUCCUGCGACAGAUAGCGGACGUGGCGUCCAAACUCAAAGAAAUCGUUGGCAAUCUGAUUACCACUGCAGGAAAAGUAGUCGUAACCAUAUUAUUGGGUCUCACGGGUAUAAUGUUGCCCUCCCUGACCUCCACUGUCUAUUUCUUCACCUUUUUGGGCCUGUGCACCUGGUGGUCUUUCUGUCGCACCUUCGACCCGCUUCUCUUCAGCUGUCUGUGUGUUCUCAUGGCCAUCUUCAGCGCUGGUCACCUCAUUAUGCUCUACCUCUACCAAUUUCAGUUUUUCCAGGAGUCUGUCCCAGCAGGAAACAGUUAUGCCAGUUUAUUUGGCAUAUCUCCGGUGGUUUUGACUGACUGUUCUCACACCUGGAUCUUCAAAGUGAACCCUAAUCUGGCGUGGCACCACUUUGUCAAUCCCAUCAUGCUCUUGGUGCUGUAUUACACAUUGGCCACACUCAUCCGUCUUUGGCUGCAGGAAUCAGAGGAUAUGGUUAAAGAGAAAGAGGAGGAACCUGAGGGACGAGAGGACCCAGAAUCUCCUGAAAGUAAUGCUGUAGUUUAUACAGCGGAAAAGAAGAGACAGCUGUGGAGAAUGGCACGCUACCACACAGAUGAGAGAAAUUUGUUCUGCACACAAGACAGCUACAGCUCACCUGAGGUAUUGAUCAUAACAUCCAAUGGAGCCUCUCUGGACUUCACAUCAGUUCCUCAUGAAAACGGGCCGAAGUCUAUGGAGCUUUACUCAACCCCACAUUAUAAACCAGACCAACCGGAAUCUGAUCCACAAAUGGACGGCGGUGUUUACAAGAUCGAAUCUGCGUACGUUGAGCUUUCUGAGGUCCCUAAUCCAUUCGCCGUCGUCCGUGUGAACUCAGCAGUGAAGGCCUUCAGAUUCAUCAUGAAGCAGAGCUACAUCUGCGCUCUUAUCGCCAUGAUGGCGUGGAGUAUCACUUACGUGAGCUGGCUGACCUUUGUCUUUCUCAUCUGGUCGUGCACUUUGUGGAUGGUGAGGGACCGCAGAAAAUACGCCAUGAUCACCUCUCCAUUCAUGGUGUUUUACGGUGACCUGCUCAUUAUCCUGCAAUAUAUCUGGAGCUUUGAAUCACUUCAUCCAGUUCCUGGGCUAUUUCUAAAGAAAGAGGUGCCCUUCCGAGAACUGGGCUCUAAAGUCCUGUGUCUUCUCAGUUUCUGGCUGUUGCUGAGACAGGCUUUAACAGAAAGAAAAGAAAGACAGACAGAUGACAGCCAGCUGUCUGAUGUCAAGGUGGAGGGACACAUAAACGAGGAGUUGGAGGAUGAGGCAGGAGGUCACAGAGAGAUGAUGGAUGUCUUGGCCAGUACAGUCAUGGCCAUGCUAAACAAAUACUGGAUCUACAUCUGUGGUGGCAUGUUCUUCUUCGUCAGCUUUGAGGGACGCACUGUCAUGUACAAGAUCAUAUACAUGAUGAUGUUUCUCUUUUGUGUGGCACUUUAUCAGUUGCACUAUGAGAGGUGGAGGUGGAUGUUGAAGUAUUUCUGGAUGUCAGUGGUGGUGUACACCAUGCUGGUGCUGAUACUGGUGUACACCUUCCAGUUUGAUUCCUCCAUACAAGUGUGGUCAAACAUGACUGGAAUGAGCAGAGAAAAGCUAGGAGAUCUUGGUCUGGAGAAAUUCUCAGUUCCAGCUCUGUUUACACGGAUCUUCAUUCCCACAUCUUUCCUGCUGGUCUGUAUCUUGCAUCUGCACUACUUUCACGAGCGCUUCCUACAGCUCACCGACAUCAAAUCUGUGGCCGACAAACAGAAGAGCACCAUCUCCAGGCUUGUGAAUCUAGAUGGCAGUCUGGUGGAUAUCUCCAUGGUCAAACCUUCAUUCAACACCACCAUAAUUGAGGAGGAGGUUGAGGAGAGAGUAGACAUGGAGAAACAGGAAGAGGAUGUGAAGCAAAACGAGGAGGAGAAGAUCUCAAACUUCAUGUCAGAAGGUUGCACCUGCCAGGAACCAGGUCCGGUGCCAGACCAUGGAUCAGAUCUGAAGAAUAAGUGGCAUCUGGUGGUGGACCGUCUCACGGUGCUCUUCAUCAAGUUCCUGGAUUACGUGCAGCAGCUUCAGUUAUUUAUCUGGUGGUUGCUGGAGCUUCACAUUAUCAAAAUUGUCUCAUCCUAUAUCAUCUGGGUCUCAGUCAAAGAGGUAUCUCUAUUUAAUUAUGUGUUCCUGGUGAGCUGGGCCUUCGCUCUUCCUUUCAGUCAGUUCAGACCUCUGGCCUCCAGCGUGUGCACUGUCUGGACCUGUGUUAUCAUCGUCUGUAAAAUGCUCUACCAGCUCACUUCCAUUAACCCUUCCACGUACUCCAAAAACUGCACUAUGCCGGAUAACUACACAGAUGCUCAGAGGUUGUACAUGGCCAAGUCUCUUCUAUACAGCGGCCCAGUGGACCCAGCUAACUGGAUCGGCCUCAGGAAGUUCUCUCCAUUGUUGGAGAAUCUUAGGAAUAACUUGUUGAUGUUGGCCCUCUUGGCUUUUGAAGUGACAAUUUACCGUCACCAGGAUUUCUACCGUAUGAAAAGCAACCUGACCCCUCCGGUCACAAGAACCAUUUUCCACAAUAUAACACGCCAACAUCUCGACGAUGGCAUCUUCAAUUGCGCCAAAUAUUUCAUCAACUACUUCUUCUACAAGUUUGGCCUCGAGACGUGUUUUCUUUUAGUGGUGAACGUAGUUGGCCAGCGGAUGGAUUUCUAUGCCAUGCUGCAUGCGUUUGGGCUGAUUGCAGUGAUGUAUCAACGUAGAAGAAAAGCCAUUGCCCAUGUCUGGCCUAAAUACUGCUGCUUCCUGGCCUGCAUGCUGGCCUUCCAGUACCUGAUGUGCAUUGGCAUCCCACCUGCAGCCUGUACAGACUAUCCAUGGAGACGCCCGUCCUCCAGCAUGGAUUCCAACGUCAUCAAGUGGCUCUACUUUCCCGACUUCCACACCAAACCCAACCCCCUAUUUCUCCUCUAUGACUUCAUGCUUUUGCUGUGCGCUUCGCUGCAACGGCGUGUGUUCGAGGAGGAGAACGUGACGGCCGUGCAGCUGUUGGCGGGUGAUAAUACAGAAAUCUGUCGAGACCUGGACGCUGCCUCCUUCAGCCAGCACAACCCUGUGCCUGAUUUUAUUCAUUGCAGGUCAUAUCUGGAUAUGCUGAAGGUUAUUAUGUUCAGCUAUCUGUUUUGGUUUGUCCUGACCAUCAUCUUCAUCACGGGCACCACACGCAUCAGCAUCUUCUGUAUGGGCUACCUGGUCGCAUGCUUUUACUUCCUGCUGUUUGGGGGCCAGCUGUUACUGAAGCCAAUCAAAAGCAUCCUUCGCUACUGGGACUUCCUGAUAGCAUACAACGUUUUUGUAAUAACCAUGAAAAACAUUCUCUCAAUAGCUGCCUGUGGAUAUAUAAAAGCGUUGGUGGUCAAUCACUGUUGGCUGAUCCAGUUGUUCAGUCUGGCUUGCACUAUAAAAGGAUAUUCAAAACCGGAGCAGCCAGCGAAUAAACAGUGCGAGCUGCCGAGUGAUGAGGCCGGUAUAAUCUGGGACAGCAUCUGUUUUGCCUCCCUGCUUCUGCAGCGGCGAGUCUUCAUGAGCUACUACUUCCUGCAUGUUGUGGCCGACAUACGAUCUUCUCAGGUCCUCGCCUCAAGAGGAGCUGAGCUGUUCCAGGCAACUAUUGUGAAGGCGGUCAAAGCCAGAAUAGAGGAAGAGAAGAAAUCUAUGGACCUUCUGAAGAGACAGAUGGACCGGAUCAAAAGUCGACAGCAGAAGUUUAAGAUAGGAAAGGAGAGGAUGUUGUCGUUGGCUCACGAAAGUGGGGAGAGCCACUCAUCGGUUAAAGACGAGGAAGAUGAUGAUGAAGAAGAUACGAGCACAGAGAGGAAAAAAGGCAAAAGAAAGCAGUGGUGGAAGCCGUGGGUCGAUCACGCGUCCAUGGUCCGAAGUGGUAACUAUUACUUAUUUGAGACGGACAGUGAAGAAGAAGAAGAAGAGGAUGAUAAAAAAGACGAGGAACCUCCCAAGAAAUCUGCAUUUCAGUUCGUGUACCACGCCUGGAUAACGGACUCUAAAACCGCAAUGAAAGAGCGCAGUAAGGAGAGACGGCGCUUUUGGCACAGAUACACAGAGGGUCGCACUACCAGGAAAGACCCGAAGGAAGUGCAUGUGUCCAUUGAGGAAGGAGAUCAGGAUGAUGGCGUUACAGAGGAAGAAAUGUCUGAUGGUCCAGAUAACAUCCUGAAGCGUGUGUUUAACAUAGUGAAGUUCUCCUGGGUGCUCUUCUUGGCCCUUUUGGACAGUUUCACCGCCUGGCUGAACUCCAUCUGUCAGGAACAUAUUGAUAUCUCCACUGUCCUGCGCAUUGAACGGUGCAUGGUCUCUCGCGAGGUCAAAAAGGGUAACAUUCCAUCACGGGAGAGCAUCCAUAUGUAUUACCAGAGACAGAUGUGCAGACCCGCAUCCACUGAAUCCAGUCUGGACAGAACUGAAGAGGUGUAUACAGACUUCAGCCUUCAACAGGAUGAUCAUCAUCCUCAACAAGAUUACACGAUGGGGGAUGCAGAGACUGAUCUCUCUACAGAUAAUCUGUCCAGUGCAUACACAGAAUCCACUUUGUUGUAUGAGUCUACACUCGAUCAGACAGCAGGUCCAGAUGACUGCAUUCUCAGGACCAGCCAGAGAUCCCGACCCAAACUCUGUAGACUACCUAGUGUAGAUCUACAGUCUUCAUCUGCAGACAGUGCAGCGAGUGCAAACCCAAGUGAACGUACCCAAUGCAUCGAGCUGUACUCACGGCAAGGAACCAAUGACACAAUCGAGGCUGCUAUUAAUGAACAAACGGCAAAAGAAAGGCCAGAUAAACUCCUGAACACCAUUGCAGACUUACCCCCACUCUCACCCAUCUACCACUGUACCAGCGAAGGUCAGACACCUCAGGGAGCCACAUCCAGCGGGGAAUGGGACAGCAUCCUUGCUCCAGAGCAGGAAGGUGCAGAUAUCCCCCCAUCGUACAGUAAAGCCACUGGUCUGGAUUCAGCGUGUGAGGUUUCAGGUCGCCAAUUAAAGAUCACAACACCUGAUGAGAAAUCAGGCCAUCAGAGCUGUGAUACGUUGCUGUCAAUGAGUCAUCAGCUGACAGCCAGUGAGCUGCUACGGAGCAGGAUGUUUUAUGAUGAGGAGCUUGAGGAGUCUGAAAGUUUUUACAGCUCUCAACCCCAGUUUCUCCAGCUCUGCUAUGCUCUCUAUAACAUGCUGGUCGCUCAUUCUGAAAUGGUUUGCUAUCUGGUCAUCAUCCUCAACCAUAUGAUCUCAGCAUCGGUGGCUACUUUGGUUCUGCCCAUCCUCAUAUUUCUCUGGGCCAUGCUGUCUGUUCCUCGGCCCAGCAAACGCUUCUGGAUGACAGCCAUCGUCUAUACUGAGGUGACCAUAGUGGUAAAAUAUUUUUUCCAGUUUGGCUUCUUCCCGUUUAACCAGAAUGUAGAACUGGACAAAACCAAACCGUUCCACCCGCCCAACAUUAUCGGUGUGGAAAAGAAAGAAGGUUACGUCCAUUACGAUUUGGUUCAGCUUCUCGCUCUGUUCUUCCAUCGAUCUAUACUGAAGUGCCAUGGACUAUGGGAUGAAGAUGAGCCCAGCUCAGGCGGUAAAACUGCAAGUUCUCACCAUCCCGAUUCAGACAAUGAGGAGAAAACCCAUCCACGGCCAGAGAAGAGCCCUGUUCCCCAUGAUGCAUCACCCGUGUCCACACAUGUGCGGCUGCCUAGAAAACACCAUGCAAACUCCACCCUCCGUCGUCAUAGCUCCAGUGCAGAAUCCAACGUCUCACAGCGCAGCGCUCGCUCCAAAGCAGGUAGUACGGGCAGCAGGGCGAGCGUCAGACGGGGCGGCAGUUUACUGAGUGUUCAACAAAAAAGUCGCAAGGAACUUAUUAUGGAGAAGCUCAGAGAACAGCUCAUAAAAGCCAAACGAUUUACUGUCAAAAUGAUACUGGAGAUCUACAUUCCCAUUCGUCAGUUCUUCUACAACUUGAUCCACCCAGAAUACAGCGCAGUGACUGACGUCUACGUGCUCAUGUUUCUGGCUGACACGGUUGAUUUUAUCAUCAUUGUUUUUGGAUUUUGGGCUUUUGGGAAACACUCCGCUGCUGCUGACAUCACUUCCUCUCUGUCAGAGGAUCAGGUACCUGAGGCAUUUCUGGUGAUGGUACUCAUCCAGUUUGGCACUAUGGUGGUAGAUCGUGCGCUGUACCUGAGGAAGACCGUUAUGGGGAAGGUCAUCUUUCAGGUCAUCCUGGUCUUCGGCAUUCACUUCUGGAUGUUCUUUAUUCUUCCAGGGGUUACUGAAAGACGUUUCAGCCAGAACACGGUCGCUCAGCUCUGGUACUUUGUGAAGUGCAUCUACUUUGGUCUGUCAGCUUAUCAGAUUCGUUGUGGUUACCCCACCCGCGUGCUGGGCAACUUCCUGACCAAGAGCUAUAAUUAUGUUAAUCUCUUCCUUUUCCAGGGAUUCCGGUUGGUCCCGUUCCUGACGGAGUUGCGUGCAGUGAUGGACUGGGUGUGGACAGACACAACUCUCAGUUUAUCCAGCUGGAUCUGUGUGGAGGACAUCUACGCUCAUAUAUUUGUGCUCAAGUGCUGGAGGGAGUCAGAGAAGAGGUAUCCCCAGCCGCGGGGACAGAAGAAGAAGAAGGUGGUGAAGUACGGUAUGGGUGGCAUGAUCGUCAUGUUGCUCAUCUGUAUCGUCUGGUUUCCUCUGCUCUUCAUGUCUCUGGUCAAAUCAGUGGCUGGAGUGGUCAACAAACCCCUGGAUGUGUCUGUCACUAUUACACUGGGGGGCUUUCAGCCCAUCUUCACCAUGAGUGCCCAGCAGAAUCAAUUGAAGGACAUCACAGAAGCAGAUUUCCUGGCCUUUAUGAAUUCAUACAAUUACAUACCUAGUGCAAUGCAGUUUUUGGAGGCGUACACAGCAGAAGAUGUGACUGUGGCAGAGCUGGAAGGAAGCUCAAACUCCCUGUGGACCAUCAGCCCACCAAGCAGAAAGAAUUUAAUGGACGUCCUGAGUAAAGAGGACCAGUUUCCUGUUACUAUGUCUUGGAGCAUUCAAAGAAAUAUGAGUCUGGGAGCGAAGGCUGAAUUUGCGGUGGACAAACACGUCACAUAUCUAGACAUGAAUACCAGACAAGAGCUAAUAGCUUUGCUUAAUGGAACCAGUAAAAAAGCAGUGGUAAUAGAGCAAGUGUUUCCUUGCUUUAUUCGAGCACCAAGUGAUUCAAACGCCAAACCAAUAGAUCAGCUUUACAGUAAUGGUUAUAAAAGCAUCCUGCUGGACUUGGAAAGGUCUCACAACGGCAGUGAGGAAAUCCAGGAGUGGUGGAUUGUAGACCAGCCGUCGGCAGGGAAGAUCCAGAUAAGAUCAGAGGCAAAGUUAGAGAAGAAGAGAGAAGCUGGACUGCAGCUUUAUGUCUUUAGUGAUAAAGUCAGUCCUCCCAGCCUAGGCUUUCUGGCUGGGUAUGGCAUAAUGGGUUUGUAUGCAUCGGUGGUGCUGGUGAUCGGAAAAUUCGUACGCGAGUUCUUCAGCGGCAUCUCGCACUCCAUCAUGUUCGAAGAGCUUCCUUGCGUGGACCGCAUCCUUAAACUCUGCACCGACAUCUUCCUUGUGCGGGAGACAGGCGAGCUGGAGCUUGAGGAAGACCUGUACGCCAAACUGAUCUUCCUAUACCGUUCACCAGAGACUAUGAUCAAAUGGACGAGAGAGAAAACCAAAUGAGCUCCUGAAAUUGCUGGAGAACCAAUAAAGGAGAUCCCAAGGAAAGACACUGUGCAAGCGGUGCAUUAUAGUGCUCUUGUGAGACUGUUUGUAGUACUACUGCCUACUACAAUGUGACCUACAGGUGAAAUAGCUGUCGCUCGAAGCGUCCUGUUUGUACCUGAAUCUAAGGUUGAGUUUAGGAAUUGAGAAGCUGCCAGAAAGAUGCAACUGAUGGGAUGUGGCAGUAAGGCUUAAUGUGCUUUAGCGCCACCUGUCUGUUGGGAGAUUUGUUAAUCGUGCGUUGUGCAAUAUACUGUCCUGGUAGCCCAUAAACUUGAACAAAGGCGACCGUGACUUUUAUUUCUUUAGAGAAAACUAUUCCUGGACCCAAAGGUGCUUGGGUUUUUCAAGACUAUUUAACAUUUGAAUCAGAAUUAUGAUCUGUUCUUUAACCCAAAAACAGGACUAAAUAAAGGGUUCUCAGGGAACAGAACAUACUUUAAAGUUGCCUCUUAAGAGCGACUCAACAGAGCAAGACUUCACUGUUGGCAUUGCUCUGUGUUAAGAGACAUGUGGUGUAAUUGUGGAUCAAUAUCAUGAGCAUAAAGCACAUUUUGGAAACCUGUUA